GCCACAAAGGAAGGGGGAGAGCAUGUGUUUGAGGACUGUCUUUUCUCCUACCACUAAUGCAGCAUUUUAACCAUAGUUUAUAGAGUUGUUUACAUGAACUCGUUCUUUGUCUCUGUUGGCUUCAGUUCAGAGAAUGCAGGGGGGGGUUUGUGUGUUGCAUGUGAUCCCGUUGGUGUCGGUCCCCUUUUGCUGCUUGGACUCUUCCAUCUCACGUCUGAAAAAAUCUGAUAGUUAGGGAAGAGUUCUUUAUGUCAGGGACUGCUGUAGCCUCGGCACAUAGAGGACUGCACCUCCUGGAUCACAUAAGAUAAGCAAAUGGACGAGAAAGAGCUGAGUGAUCCACUGAACAAUGUAUCGUUGAUCAAAGACGACCUGAGCCGAUCAAACAUGGGCUCCUCUGGUGACUCAGAGAAAGUGAUUCAGCGCCUGAACGAUGAGCUUCAAGAGGCUUGGGACAUGGCUAACGCAGAGAAACAAAAGUGCAACGAGCUACAAGGCCAACUGGAGAAAGAGAGGAAAGACAAAAAACAGCAAGCUGACGACUCAGCGAAACAAAUAAAACAACUUCAAGGUCAGCUGCAGCUGCUCCAAGACGAGCUGGGCGUUCUCAGGGAGCAGGUCGACGCCUCUUCCAGCGCACGCGACGACCUCCAAGACGCCCGGGACGAGGUCAAGUCGCUGAAGCGCGCCCUGGAGGCGGCCGCCGCCGAGAGGGACCGCGACGUCGCUUCCGUCCAGUCCAACCUGGCGACCGUCUCGAAGGAUCUGGACAAGUGGCGCCAGACCGCCAACAAGUACGAGCGUGAGAUUGACAACCUGCAGCGGGACUUGGAGCAGCAGAGCAAGCAGUGGCAGAAAACAGCAGAAAUACAAGCCAGCGAGCUGCAGUCGCUGCAGGUGGAGUGCAACGGUCUCCAGAAGGAGUGCUCUGUCCUGCGAGCUGACAAGCAGGAUAUAGUGAACAAGCACCAGAAAGAGAAGAGCGGCCUGCAGAGUGAGUGUGGCUCUCUCAGGGCAGAGAGGGACGAAAUCCUCAAGAGUCACCAGAACGAGAGGGCCGACCUGCAGAGUGAGUGUUCAGCACUGCGCAGCGAGAAGGAGGCGCUGCUGCAGAAACAGCAGCAGCUGGAGAGGGAAGUUAUCAGUUUGCGUGCUCAGAAUGCUGAUCUGAACAGCAGCCUCGGCGCCCUCGAGCAGUCCCAGGAGGAGCUGGAGAGGAAGCUGGAGGCGCUGCAGCUCCAGCAUCAGCAGGACAACACCAAGCUGCAGACCCAGCUGGACGAAGCGGACAGCCGCUGCACGGCUCUGCAGAUAGAGUACGACAAGGCUCAAACAGAGCUGUCGGAUCUGAAGGAGAAGUGUAAGAAGGCCGAGCAGGAGAAACAGCUGCUCUCAGAUCAGCUGGAGGAGUACAAGGCCAACAUGGAGGACCUGCAGGAGAAAGGUUCAAAGACGUCCCUAUUGCUGCCUGUUCAAGCCAUAGUCAUCGGCCUUAUCCUGGCUUUGCUGUAUUGGUGCUUCGGCGCAUUGUGGUAGUAAGAAACCGUGGAUGAUCUGGGCUCCUGUGGUUGCUGUGGCUCUAACAGCUGUGACCGCUGCAGUACUCCUCAGAACCUGAGAGCGACUU